CCAAGUGCGUACUGUCGGGAGACACUCCCAGCGAUCUCCAAGUUCUCAGCUAUAUUUCUGUAGUAAUAAGACCGUAUGGUGUAAAAUCACUGUAAAAUCCACGUUCCCCGACAUUUAUAUACACGAGGAGUCACAAAAGAUUUGAUUACAGCUUAAAAACUGUUUCAGUUUUUCAACAAGCAGAAAUAAAUCGUUGCUUGGCAAGAAUAGUUGCGUCGUCUGUCGAUAUGACAAAGUUGAUAUCACUGUGAUAUUGUGUGUGCUGUGUAAUCAGAAAUAUACUUCCGGUUAGGAAGGCGGUGAUUGCUUGAAUGUCUGUUUACUUCGUACAAAUCUGAAGUGUUCCGAGAUAAUUAGUAGCAAGAUUUGCCCUGCUAUUUGAUGUUUAUUGUUUCUAUAGGAGCAGUUUUUGCUGUCAUUUAGGUUACACUAUAGUAGUACAAUGAGUGCUAUAAAUUUUACAUCGCCGAAACCAGUACUGCGUGAUAACCGAAAGAAUUUUGAUUCGCUGUCACUGAUGGACAGUGACAGUGUUUGCUCCCAAGAGAAUUUUGCGGCGAAUUUGGUGUACGAGUUUCUCCGUAGCUACGAAUUCAAGGAAACCCUGACCAGCUUCGUAGAAGAAUGUAACAAUAUGGGUUUUGUGCUCAAUGAACCGACUACACUGAAAGAAAAAAUACAGAGGCAGGAUGUUUGUAAGAUCCAGAAAGUUUUCCUUGAAAACUCCGAUAUGGAAUUUUUCAAUGCUUGGAAUACUCUCAUACCACCAUCAAUAAAAAGUAAACUUGAAUACAGAAAACUGACUUUUUACCUUCAUGUCUAUUUUGCAAUAAUAAAGGAAUCUGAGAAAAUGGAAGAUCCUUCUAACACAAAUUUUUGUAAGGAGAACUCUGGACUUAAAGGAAUUGCUGUGGGGCAUGAAAAUAAUUGCAGUGAUGCCAGAGUAGAAGACAAAAGUGAAAAUGAAAUAAAUAAGAGUCACAAUGUGAGAGAGAAUUUUAUGUCUUUGGAGAACACAGAUACAAUAACGGAAUGUGGUGAUCAGAUGGAGCACCGGCUUACAAAUGAAAUUAAAGAUAUGGAUGUUAAAAGUGACAGUUCUGUUGUGGCUAAAAAAGGGGUGUUUUGUAACCUGGAACUAAUCUCUGACAAUUGCUAUGAAAAUGAAAGUGUUAGCAGUGAAUCUGAGAUGAACAGUUACAAUGGGCAAAGUGGAAUGACUGCCUUAAAAAACUUUUUGGAAACCGAAGGAUGUGAAUUUAGUGGUGAAACAGAAUUUCUUCGAUUCUAUGCACUUCCAUAUGUUAAUGAUCCAAAGUCUCAUCCAUCAUUCCAGAAUCUAUUUACAGUGAGUAGAUAUACACUGUGUGGACUUAAUUCUUGUUUUGAUAAUGUACUGAGUAUUGGGGCUGCGUGUAAAGUACAUUGUGGGAUUACUGCGAUUACACGGUGUGUCAAAUCAUUUGUUGCUGGUAUCACACUACUGACUGUUAAACUCCACGUAGCUUUAAUUGUUGUAUUAAAUCACACUAGCACAUUCAAGUGUGUUUUCCACAUAAAGAAACUUGAGAAUACAGAUACGUGGAUUUCAGACCUAAGAGCCAAACUCAAUCAGUUCCUGUUUGAACAUAGCUGUGGACCAAGUGUUGCACCACAGUUAUUACAAGUAUGCAAUGUAUUCCACAACCACAAGGAAAACAGCAGAGGAACCACACAGUCUGUGCUACUUUCCAAAUACCAAAAGUUGCGGCGAAACUAUAACAGCUUGCGAUCAGAUCAUCAUAAUCUAAUUGGUGUGGCAGCUGAACUAACAGAUGCUUUGGAAAAAUCUGUGACUGGACAAGAGGUUGACUUAGAAAUGACAUUAACAAACUGCACAAAAAUAUAUCCAGAACUUUUCAAGAAUGAUUUGAAAAUUAGAAAUCAUCCAUAUUUGGAACCUGCACUUGGAGAAAUACAUAGACCUUCAGUUUCCCAAGGAAAAGAAAUUUCUUUGUCAAAUAUUAUGACACAUUUUGAACUUGACUUCAAGAAAAUAAAACACCAUUUGACUUCGGGAAGUGUUAAAACCAAACUGCUGCUUUUACAAGCCCUUCGUUGGCGUAUCACACAAAAUUCUCUUGAGGAACGUGAAGCAGCACUGGGAGCAUAUUCUCGACAUGAUGUUCUCUCUUUGCGACUGAAUCGGUGUCAGCUACUGGCAACACAGCUUAUACCAACAGACGUAGCUACACCACAUCCACUUCAGCAGGCAGCUGCAAGAUUACUAAAUACUUUGGCAUCACUUCAUACAGGAAGGGAUUAUCUCUGUUCAGCUGGACGCCCUCUUAUUGAUACUGUGAUUGAAUGUAUCUCGGGUCACAAUCCAGCAGUUAAUGUUGAUACUGUCACAACAGACAUGCUGCUAGCUGCAUUGCAAAAGCUGUCACUCAGACGAGAACAAAGAAUAUUCAUGACUGAUGGGGGUCUAGUGGAGUGGCUGGUGCAAAGACUGGAAGCAACUCAGCAUACACAAAUGCGAUCCUAUGCUCUUGAGUAUACCAUGGCGCUGUUCAUGAAUCUGUGCCUUCACCGACAAGCCAGAGAGCGUUGUGUGCCAUUUGCGAGGCCAUUGGUUGAAAUACUUGCAUCCUAUCUUGGCAAUAGCUUGCUUAAGCCUACACCCUACGUGACUGGGACACUAUACAGUUUACUGGCAAACCACCAGAUUAACCAAGAAGCCAAGAGAAGUGGACUUUGUGACAUUUUGGAGCAUUUACAGAAGCAAAGCACAGGAGAAGUGCAACAUCAGUUGGAAUGCCUUCUCAAACGUCACAAGGCCCUCCUGCCUGACCAAUAUACAUCUAGUGAAGAGGAGAUCACCGAUGAUGACACAGUAGAGCUUGACUUGUUAGAAGAUGAACUUGAUGCAGAUGAUCCAGUGACAAACAUUCAUGGUGAACUAUGUGGUGAGGCUCUUUUGUAUCAACAAUAUCGUCAACCAUUCCCUCGUCAUGGUUUGGUUUUGCCAUCGAAUACAUUACCUCAUGCAGGAGAACCUGUUUUCCGUGCUACCACACCCCAGCUGCAGCGGUCACAGGCACUCGGUCAUCCAUCAAAUGCGCUGAUAUUAGAGAACAUUGACUCAGCAACUGAUGGGGAAAGCACAAAGGAAGUUGUCACAUUUAAUGACAUACUGUCUGGUCCUCUUCAGAUGGCUGUACUUGGCUCAGAAGUGGCACAUUCAGCAGUACAAGGAACAACAGCAGCAGAAGAUUGUUCAUCUGUCUGUGAAGAACGCAAAAUCAGUAGGAAGGCUUUCAGCCCUUGGAUGCAGGCCAAUCUCCAGCCUCUUUAUGCAGAAGAAACCAGUAGUUCUGUGUGGUAUUGCUAUAAGUAUUAUUUAAUUAGCCUGCCCUACAACAGUAAUGGAAUCAUCAUUAUUUGAAAAUUGUGUUUAAUUGAUGAUGCAAUAUGAGCUGUAAUCUUGUAUAAUGUUGUAAUACAAAACUGUAAAUCAGUAAACUGUAAACAAGUUUAUUCCUGUUUCUUGUUUGUAUUAUUGUAAGCACCAAAUAAGAUGUUUACUGUUCUUUGGAAGUGAGUAUCCUCUCCUAUGCUGCUCAUAAUUUUAAUGUCAUAGAAAUUGAAAUUCAGAGAUCUCUGAUAAGUGAAGUUAAAUCUUUCUUGUACUAUGUCUAGUUUAUGUU